AAGCUUUGGUCAAAUUUCCCUUAUUAAACUCCGAUCUCCUCGCAUUUAGCUUCAAUUGAGAAUGGGUACUAGUCCGCGCCGUCAACGAAUGGACACCAAGAUGCUGGAUUGCCGCGCUCUUCCCGCCGAUUGCCUCACCGCCAUCAUCUCCCUUACCAGUCCUCCCGAUGCCUGUAGAUUGUCACUAGUUUCCCACUUUUUCAACUCUGUCGCCAGUUCCGACGAAGUUUGGGUUAAGUUCCUGCCGUCCGACUACCAGAAUUUGUUUCCCGCAUCGCGAUCCGCUUCUUCCUUGAAGGACCUUUAUAUCAACCUCUGCGAUCAUCCUGUACUCAUUGAAGAUGGCAAAAAGAGCUUUUCACUGCACAAAAGGAGUGGGAAGAAAUGUUACAUGCUAGGUGCCAGGGACCUUGGAAUUAUAUGGGGUGGUACUCCUCAGUAUUGGAUAUGGAACUACUUACAAGAUUCCAGGUUCCCUGAGAGUGCAGAGCUUCUCGAGGUUUGUUGGUUUAAUAUCAACGGGUGGAUCAAUACUUGCAAGCUUUCUUCAAUGACACAUUAUAAGGCAUACCUUGUGUACAAACUGGCAGCCAGAGUUGAUGGAUUUAGAAAUAAACCCAUAGAAGCCACUGUUCGACUUCGCGGAACUGAAGGUUUGCGGCGAACUGUGUUUCUGCAUGCAGAAGGUGAAGAUGUACAAAAUGAUUACCAAUACCCAAUAGAGAGGGGAGACGGUUGGUUAGAGCUAGAGUUGGGUGAAUUCUUCAAUGAAGGAGGUGAAGAUAGCAUAUUGGAAAUACGGAUUUUUCAUUUUGAUGGUAGCUGGAAGAGAGGUGUCUUUAUUGAAGGCAUCGAAAUCAGGCCAAAUUAGCAGGACAUGACAAGAUCUUCUUCCACCCUGUGUAUUUUGUGUGGGAAAACAUUGCUCCUCAUGUUAAAUUGCGAUUGUCAUGCACUAAUCUUCAUAAAUAUAUGAGUUCUAUUGUUAUCUAGAUGCGAUUUUUGAAUCUUUAUUUGAACAAUGUAUGCCUAAUCUAUAGAGUUAAUUACUGGUUUUGAUUUGAUUUAGGGGAGAGCAUUUUUAGGACUUCAGUCUGUAAGAAAGAGCAUUUCAAGAA